AUGGAGAAGACCGGCCGAAAGGUAUCUUUGAUGGACCUCCCAGAGAACGUCAUCCUGAAAAUCCAGGUGGCUGCAGGCGACCCGUCGGCCGUGUAUGGCAUCGAGGCGCUCGCAUGUUCUGCGGCGAGGACGACUGAAUCUGCCUGGGGUGCGGUCUUGGAGGCUUUCUUCCCUUCCUUGUUCCUUAGGCUGUGCGCAGAGGAUUUCGCCGGAAGCUACAAGCAGGUCUUUACUCGCCGCGCACGGCGAGCCGAGGAGUGGCGCCGGCGGAAACAGAAGCCGCGCUCGGACAGCCUGGAGGAGGUCAAAGCAGCACCUCUGCCGACGCCCACAAAGCAGAAGCCCCACAACAAGCUCCUCUUCGCGGACAACCGCCAGGGGCAUUUGGCUGAUAGCACCCUGGGACUCAAGGUGUGCGGCCGAUGCGGAGAGAAAUACACUGCAUCGGCGAAUCGCACAAGCAUGGGCUGCCACUACCACGAGGGGACGCUGGUCCCUUUCGGGCCGGAGGCGAGUGCGUUGACCAGGAGCGAUAGACAGCAGAUCUCCAAGUGUGGCAAGUUUGCUCUUCGCAAGUGCGGGGGCGUCGCGGGCCGCAAGUCUCGGCAAGGAGGGCGAGGGCACUGGACGAAGGGCCUGGGUCUACCGGCAGUUGUCGGAGGCAAGGUUAUGGUGUGGGAGGAUGUCUGCGUCGGUCCUGGUGAAGUUCUCUGUGCUUGGUCUUGCUGCUCACGGCUUGGCCUCUUUGCCGAGGGUUGCACCCUUGGCAUUCACAGGCCUUCCUGA